GAAUGGUUGUAUGAGAAUGAAUGAAAGAAUGAAUGAAUGAAUGGAAAAAAGACACAAAUUAACAUAUAAACAUUCAUAUAAUAGAUGAAUGUAUGAUAAACUGCAUUGAUUGAUGGAUGAAUUAGAAGGACAAAUAUGUAGAAUGAAUGAAUGAAUGAACGGACGGAAUAGUUGUAUAGUGGUUGGAUGAAUAGACAAGCAGAUGGAUGAAUAAAAGAAAAUGUUCGAGGAUGAAUGGAAGGAAGGAUAUUUGUAAGGAUGGAUGAAUGAAUGAAUGGUGGAUGGUUGUAUUGAAGGUUAGCUGGAUGGGAGAAUGGCAGGAUAAAUUAAUAUUGAAUAGACCCAUGGAUGGAUGGAUAAACUGAUAAAUAGAUAAACAAAUGGAUGGAUACGUAGAUUGGAAGCAUGGAUGGAUGAAAGGAUGAAUAGAUGAUUGUUGCUUGUAUAUGAAUGGGUUGGUUGAAUGGAUAAAAAGGUGGAUUAGUGAAUGGAUGAAUGAAUGAUAAAUAGAUGAGUGUGUGAAUGAUUGAAUGAAUGCAUGAAUAGAUGGAUGGAUUGAAGAAAGCAGGAAUGGACGCAUAAAGCAAUAGAUGAAUAAAGUCAAAUAAAUGUCCAUCUGAAAUAUUAUCUAUCAAAAUUAAAGUAGAAGGAAAUGUUUAUAAAUGGUUGAAUGAAUGAACCCAUGGAUGAUUGAAUAAGGAGAGGAAGCCGCUGGAUAUAUACACACUUGGAUGGGAUUGAUUGAAUGGUGGAUGUAAAGACGGAGGAAUGGAGUGAUGAAGAGUUUGUGCUGUUUGUUCUUCACAGAUCUCACCGGAGGAUCUCUCUGAAGGCAGCUUCUGGGUGAAGGCCAAGGAGGACCGAUACGAGGACAAAGAGCUCUUCGCCAAACUCACACUCGCCUUCUCCACACAGACCAAGACCUCCAAAGCUAAGAAAGAUCAAGAGGCGUCAGAAGAGAAGAAAAGCGCUCAGAAGAAGAAAGUGAAAGAGCUGAAGGUGCUCGACUCCAAAACAUCCCAGAAUCUCUCUAUAUUCUUGGGUUCAAACCGGCUGCCUUAUGAAGAGAUGAAAACUGUCAUCCUGGAGGUCAAUGAGACGCUUCUCACUGAAAACAUGGUGCAGAGUUUGCUGAAGCUUCUGCCAGAGCAGGAGCAGCUGAACACAUUAUCAGAGAUGAAAGAUGAAUACGAGGAGCUGGCCGAGUCGGAACAGUUCGGUGUUGUGAUCAGUUCAGUGAAGCGUCUGAAGCCGCGCCUGACUGCCAUCCUCUUCAAGCUGCAGUUUGAGGAGCAGGUGAAUAACGUCAAGCCGGAUGUGGUGGCGGUGACGGCGGCCUGCGAGGAGCUGCGCAAGAGCGAGAGUUUCGCCAAACUGCUGGAGAUCACACUGCUGCUGGGAAACUUCCUGAACGCCGGCUCACGCAACGCCAAAGCUUUCGGCUUCAGCGUCAGCUACCUGUGCAAGUUGAGAGACACUAAAUCGGCGGAUCAAAAGCAGACUCUCCUGCACUUCCUGGCGGAGACCUGUCAGGAGCAGUACCCUGAGGUCAUGACCUUCCCAGAGGAGCUCAUCCACGUGGAGAAAGCCAGCAAAGUGUCGGCAGAGACGCUCCAGAAGAGUCUCGAUCAGAUGGGGAAGCAGAUCAAGAGCCUUGAGAAGGACAUCGAGACGUUUCCUCCUCCGCAGAGCGACAAGGACAAAUUUGUUGAGAAAAUGACCAGUUUUGUAUCGACGGCUCGGGAGAAUUUCGAGAAGCUCCAGCUGCUGCAUGAAAACAUGGAGAAACAGUAUGAGGAUCUAGGAAAGUAUUUUGUGUUCGACCCAAAGAAGAUGACUCCAGAAGAGUUCUUCGGUGACCUCAACAACUUCAGGACCAUGUUCCAG